AUGUCGACGCCGACAUUUCUCACUCCUGAUCGCACGCUCGACCUCAUUAAUCCCACCCAACCCCCACUUUACGUCAUCAUUCGCUUCUCAGCCUCGAUCCCCGACCUCCCCCUCGACAUCUUCUCCCCAGAGACCACCACAUCCGCCGGUCUGAAACAACUCAUCCGCACACGCCUGCCCCCAAAUCUCUCGUCCCACCGUCUCCGUCUAAUCUACGCCGGUCGUGGCCUCGAGGAUGCCACCCCGCUCGCCGCAUCCCUCAAACUCCCGCCAUCGUCUUCCGCCCGCUCCACCCCGCGGCCCCCGGAGGACGACGAAUCCACCACCACCUCGAAGGGCAAGGGCAAGGCCCCCGUGCGCGAUCCACCCCGCCUGUAUAUCCACUGCUCCAUCGGCGACAUCGUCCUCUCUCCCACCGACCUCGCCGCCGAAGCGGCCAUCGCGUCCACCCUCCGGCAACCGCAGGACUCAGAUUCGGAAAAUCAGGACGCUCACAAUGGAUCGCCAUCUGGCUCUCGGCGUAGGAAUCAGGGGCCCGCGCCUUCGGCAUUGGACUCCGGCGCGGCGACAACCACGACACCCGCGCCCCGCGGAUUCGACCGGCUGCUGGCGGCGGGGUUCACGCCCGCGGAGGUGACGGCGCUGCGGUCCCAGUUCAUGGCCAUCCAGGCGGUUUCGCGCACGCCGGAUACGAUGCCCAGCGGGGCGGAGUUGCGCGAGAUGGAGGAUCGGUGGAUGGAUGAGGGGUCGUCGGCUGUGGCGGCCGGGGGAGGAGUCACUGGUGGUGGUGGUGGUGCUGGGGAGGGGAUCUCGUUUGCGGAGGACGAUGGUGGGUUUGGGCCUGGGUCGCGGGGCGCGAUGGACGAUAUGCUUUGGGGGGCGGUGAUGGGGUUCUUCUGGCCGGUGGGCUGUGCGAUGUGGUUGCGGCGAGAGGAAGGGGUCUGGAGUUGGCGGAAGGGGUUUGCGGUGUUUGUGGGGGUGGUGGUUAACGUUGCCUUUGGCGCGAUGCGGAUCAUGAAUUAG